GCGCACAUUAGCAGCGGUGCGGCUCGCGCUCAUUCAGACCCCGGUUCCAAAUACGACCAGAGUACAAAACGUGUUUUUGGAAACAUUUCAUUUCCAUUUCAAACCGUUUUGUUUUCAAACGCAAAAAAAAAAACAAAAAAAACCAGUGAAGGUGUUCACUGCCGCUGACAGGACACACAGGACUUCCUCCUUACGUGAAGCAUGAGCGCGUGCGGUCAUUUAUUUUGAAAAGUUGGAUUACAGCGGAGUCACUUAUUGAACUGGGAGGAAAUAUCUUUCUGCCAGAUGCUGCCCAGAAGAUGAGAAGUGCAGAGUGGGCACAUCAGAGGAAUCCCGUGCUGUCAACGAGAGCAAAAAUAAGGAUUAUCUCUGAAUGUGGCGACAUCGGAAGAAAGUCAAGCAGUGUGGCGAGCGUAGAUAAGCCCCCUUAUGAGGUGAAAACCCUUCCCCGUCCUGCAGUAUCCCCUCCCAGCACCGACAGCAGGAAUAAGGGAUGUCACGACUGUUCCUCUUUUCGGCAAUGCUGAUUGUCUCCUGCAGCAUUGAGGUGUCUCCCGCUGCUUCCUUGGAUAAGCUGAAGGAGAGUUGGAAGUUGUACAUGGAGGAGUGUGAUCGCAACAACAGUCGAGACCCGCCAAGCACUAGCCUCGUGUGCAACAGGGAGUUUGACAAGUACGCCUGUUGGCCUGAUGGACUCCCCAACACCACAGUCAAUGUGUCGUGUCCUUGGUACCUGCCGUGGCACCACAAAGUUCAACACGGCAUGGUGUAUCAGGAGUGUGAUGCGAACGGCCAGUGGGUGACGAUGAAGAAUACCAGCGAGUGUGACUCUAAUGAUCCAAGUCUGCAGUACUACGGCCAUAUUCGGAUCAUGUACACUGUGGGCUAUUCCUUAUCACUGGUGGCUUUGGUGUUGGCGCUUGGCAUCCUCAUAUUCUUCAGGAAACUGCACUGCAUGAGGAACAACAUCCACAUGAAUCUGUUUGCCUCCUUCAUCCUGCGAGCGCUGUCCAUCCUCAUCAAAGACGCGCUGUUGGAGGCCAACAUCACGUCUCAGGACCUCAGCAGUGACCAGGAGCAGGGAUUCCCACGGGCAUCCAUGCCUCCAGUGGAGCUGCUGGUCAACAAUGAGACAGCGGUUAACUGUCGCAUCGCCAUGGUGAUGAUGCAGUACAGUAUCAUGGCCAACAGCUACUGGCUGCUGGUGGAAGGCAUCUACCUCCACAACCUCCUGGUCAUCACUGUGUUUACGGAGAGGAACUACUUCAAAAUCUACCUGUGCAUUGGCUGGGGUACCCCGUUAAUAUUCCUCGUGCCCUGGGUGAUAGCUAAACACCUAUAUGAAAAUCAAGAGUGCUGGGGGCAAAAUAUAAACAUGAAUUACUGGUGGAUCAUCCGUUCCCCGAUAUUGCUGGCAGUUGUGAUCAACUUCCUUAUCUUCAUCCACAUCAUCAAAAUUCUCGUGUCAAAACUUCGAGCGCACCAAAUGAGAUACACGGAUUACAAAUUCAGGUUGGCUAAGUCGACUCUAACCCUGAUCCCUCUGCUGGGCAUCCAUCAGGUGGUCUUUAUCUUUGUCACGGACGAGUCCACAAAGGCCACCAUCGGACUGCGUCUCACCAAGCUCUUCAGCGACCUCUUCUUCUCCUCCUUCCAGGGUCUCUUGGUGGCCAUCUUGUACUGCUUUGUCAACAAAGAAGUGCAGUCAGAAAUCCUGAAGAAGUGGAAGCGCUGGAAGCUAGGGAGGAACAUCGAGGAGGAGUACCGCCACACCUACAGCAAUACCCCCAACACCAAGACAGCGAGCCUGUUGAACCACGUCUCCCGACUGCCUCAUCUCCCGGACAUCGCCAAGACCUCUUCCCCGGUCUGCAGCCCUGAGGAAACGCACAUGCUUGUGGCUGGAUGCCACAACGGGGUGGUCAGCAGUAAGGGGGCGUGUCAGUGCGCCUCACCCCUUCACGAGGGAACCGUCAGCAACUGCACCCUACUGGAGGACAUCAGCCUCACGGACAGGGUGCAGUGUUACGAGGGUCAGAGAGAGAACGUGGAGAGCCACCUGUGAAAGGUGCUGGGAAAAAAGAAAUUGAAGAGGAAAGGGCCUAAAGUCGUCAUCUGGCUCACACACUGCCCUGGGUUGCUGUGAAGAGCUGGGCUGAUGGACUUAUCCGUCAAAGCGUUUUUUUUUUUUUUUUUUGCCUAGAGACCGAUGUCACUGGGAGGCCAAGCGGCACUCAGCCCUCUCCACAGUCUGAGCACGGAGAAUAAUACGGCAGACUCCCAUGCUGAGACGUCUAAUGCGCCGUGAGCCUCGUGAAUGGAUUUCUGUAGAUGUUUGUCGGACGGCGAAAGGAACUGCUGCAUUUUUAACAAUGCCGAUAAGCCAUGCAAAAUAAAAAAAAAUAAAAAAACAUAAACCUCAAAUUGGAACAAAACAAGACAACGACAAAAAGAAACAGGGUCAUUGCUUGGGCCUCUGCUUUACUUGUUUUUUUGUUGCUGUUUUAUCAAAUGUGUGUUUUGUGGUACUGGAGGUUUUCAGACAAAACUGGACAUUGAACCUCCUCCAAAAACAAAAAAGACCGAACAAGUGACUCGAAACAAAAAUGGUAGGGAACGGAGGCUUUUAUUUCUUCUUUGCUUUGCUCUGAUAUCUGUAAAUGUUUUCUCGUCUAUAAUGACUGCGGUGAAAAUGUACAGAAAAAAGACAAAAACAUUCUGCUGGCUGUAGCUCAUACAAGAAGGUGAACACAUUCAAGGGACAUUGGAAAAUGGCAGCUGCUCUCAUCAUAUUGAGAUAAAGAGACGCUAUAGGCUGAAUUAUAAAUAAGUUAAAAUGAUCAUCGUUUGACUAGGUGUUUACAAUAAAAAAUAUAUGUCUUUAUACCUUGGAUUAUGCCGAGUGUACAGUUGUGACUGCGUAUAUGUGCCGGGUGUGUUUUUCAAGGGGAACAGUUGCAGUUCUGUGCCAUUAAAUAUGUUUUCCUUUCCCCCUCGCUAUCAAGAUGGUGUCUGACUCACACGCCCUGGCAUACUAUGUGAAGCUCUCCACGGUAGCCCACUCAACAAGUGAGAUAGGGGAAAGCAUGCACUCGGAUCAAGGAUAAAAAAAAUACACAGCAAACAGACAUGACCGCACAUGCAUGAAGUAUGAAUCCAACACUGACUCAAAGUAACGCGUCAACUCGGGCACAAAGGUGGUUUUUAAAAGUCUAAACAUAUGUGUAUGUGGAUAUUGCAUAUUUGCUGAGUUUAAGUUGUGUGACUCAUACAUACAGUGCCAUCCCAUCAGUAGUUGUAUUGUGCAAACGCCAGAAAAUCAGAAAGCCUUUGUUAAUGAUGCAUCCAGUUAUUAAUAUUGAAUAUUCAGACUUGUCCGAUGUGACACUUAGAACAAAACUCUGUCCCCUGAAAGCAGAACAAAACCUUGAAUGACAAAGAAAGCUAAAUUAGCAGCGGUACAUUUGCUUCUGAAUAUGUUGCAUUUAUUAUUAAAGAAAGGAAGCCUCCUGCAGAACAUUAAUCUCUGAGUUGAUUAGAGACAUUUUGCCAGAACUAACUCAACUUGUGUAUGAAUGACAAUUUGCACAAUAUUAA